AGCCAGUGUGGGAGAUGUCAAGAACAGGUUAACUAUCAGCGUAGUCGAGUUUCAUCUCUCACUCUAGGUCCUCCUCGUGUCUUGGUCCUGACUGGUGCUGACGGCGAGUUAUGGAGGCCACGGCCAGAAUAGGACAACUGGCGCCAAUAGACCCUGUGUGGAAUAUUCAAAACGAGCUGGUUCUACCGGUGCAUCAGGGGAAACUGGAUGGGAAGAAUCUGGAAGCAGCGGUGGUGCUGGUGUUCAGGAUGGCCAUCCAUAUCAGCAGGGUCUUCAACCCCGGUAACGGCAGGAGCGUGGGGCUGGACCAGGCGUCACUGUACCAGCACCUGGAGGGAUCGCUAGCGACCGUGGGGCUGGAGGGUCGAACCUGUCUCCUGAGACUGGUGUGUGACGCUCAGAGCCCAGCACUUCUUCGACUGAACCUCAUGGGGAGUCUUCUGGCCGCCAUCUUCACACCGCGGGAGGAGGCGGUGAUGGAGGAGUACAAAGAAGCGGCGCGGGUGGGUCGUGCACGAGAGAGCUGCGCCAAACACUACCCCUCCUGCCCCUUCUCCAUCUUCAAUAUCUUCGAUUUCAGCAAGAACUUCAAAGCUUCCAAGAACUUUAUGACCACUUCAACGCCCAAGACUUUUUCGUCAAAGUCCAAGACUUAGUCAACAUUCAAUAACCUCCGAUAACGACUGAAAGAACAAGCUUGAAUGCUGAUGACGGACUGAAGCAAGCACUACUCAAUGGGCAACCAAUUGGGCAGCUCCAAUACGAAAUAUUACAUUCCUUGUUGUAUUCUUUGCCUUUUAUACAACAAGGUCCGCGUCAUUAUACUAAAUCCAGUAUCAUACUGUGAACCCUGAAAUGAAAAAUGGUUAUUCUUGUAUACAUUUUUUUUUAUAUAGGCCUACAGAAUUCCUUGUCAUAUAGCGAUUCCUUUAAUGUAUGCUCAAUUAUCUAGUUAUGUACUGAAUUCUUAACUCUAUACUGAUUCCCUAUUGAUAUGCUGCCAAUUUGUACAGCAUACUGAAAUCUUUAGGUCAAAAAACAAAGCUAGUUCUGACUGGGGAGUGGAAAUCCAGGGGAGCGCAAAUUAUACGUGACACCAUCUAUAUCCCUUAUUUAUAGAUGCUGAAUUCCUUGUAUCGGUAAUUAGAAUCCAUCACUAUAUACUGAAUCCCUUACUAUAAAAUUGUAUACCAGAUCUUUACAGUGUAAUAAA